ACAAUAAAGGACAAACCGCCUGCAUGUUAAUACGGACCUCAGGGUGAAACUUUUCUAUGAGCAUUCUCCUGUUUGCUUGUUGUCCAGAAAAGCUGAAAAGAUUCGCGCAGCCCAGCCAGGAGACACAAAUUGUUGUGGAAAUUAGACAACACUCGCAGACCCGUCCUCUGAAGUCUUCCGGCUUUUGCACCUGAGUUGUAAACUUUCCACCAGUAAGAAAUAAUGACUGCCAUUAAUUCACCACCAGACAAGUAUAAUGCUGUGUGGAUUAUCUUUUUCAUCCUGGGGCUGGGAACGCUUCUGCCAUGGAACUUCUUCAUGACCGCCACCAUGUACUUCACCAGCCGUCUCAGAGAUCCUGCUCCAGAUGCAGAUCCCCUGAACAAUACCCACAAUGGCACAUGGAUAGAAGUUGACACACGUAGCGUCCUGGAAUCGAAGUUCAACAACAUGAUGACCCUGUGUGCCAUGGUGCCGCUGCUCCUCUUCACCUGCAUUAAUUCCUUCAUCCAUCAGAGGAUUCCUCAGAAAUUGAGGAUCUCCGGCAGCCUCUCUGUGAUCCUGGUGGUAUUUCUGAUCACUGCAAUGUUGGUCAAGGUGGACAUGGCACCUGUGCCCUUUUUCACAGUCACCAUGAUCAAAAUCGUCUGCAUCAACUCUUUUGGUGCCAUUUUGCAGGGGAGUCUCUUUGGGCUGGCAGGACUGCUUCCAGCUUCCUAUACCACUCCUAUCAUGAGUGGCCAGGGGUUCGCUGGAUCAUUUGCAGCCACUUCCAUGAUCUGUGCAAUCGCCAGUGGCUCAUCGCUGAAGGACAGUGCUUUUGGCUACUUCAUCACUGCCUGUGUUGUAAUUCUUCUGGCCAUCACUUCUUAUGUUGCCCUGCCCAAAAUGGAAUUCUUCAAGUAUUAUGCAGACACCAGUAGCCCCAAGCCUUCCAGUGAUGAGGAAAACACGAUGGACCUGUUGAACAAAGAUGCUGCUGUUACAGAAAUCCCUGGGGAGAAGACAGUUGGGAGUCUGACCGAAGAGGAGACCACGCAUACCGUGUCUGUGUUUGCCAUCUUUAAAAAGAUUUGGGUGAUGGCCCUUUCAGUGUGUUUUGUUUUUACCAUCACUAUUGGAAUAUUCCCUGCUGUGACUGUGGAGGUCAGGUCCUCUGCGACUAAAGGAGGUGCUUGGGAGAAAUACUUCAUUCCCGUGUUCUGCUUCUUGCUUUUUAACUUAAUGGACUGGGCUGGACGAAGCUUAACUGCAAAGUGCACAUGGGCUCGGAGGGGGGUGGACAACAAGGGCUCCAAUGCCAGGCAAGGAGCAACCGUUAUGGAUAGUAUGCCUGGUAAAGACAGCAAAUUGCUGCCUGUGCUGGUGAUCCUCCGUGUCGUAUUCGUCCCCUUCUUCAUUCUGUGUAACGUGCAACCCAGGAGCAACCUGCCCGUUGUGUUCGCCCAUGACGCGUGGUACAUUGUUUUCAUGAUCAUCUUCUCGUUCAGCAACGGCUAUCUGGCCAGCCUGUGCAUGUGCUUUGGACCUAAGAAAGUGGCCCAGCAUGAAGCAGAGACAGCCGGAGCCAUCAUGGCCUUCUUCCUGUCUUUGGGUCUGGCGCUGGGAGCUGCGCUGUCCUUUGGCUUCAGGGCAAUGAUCUAGAACCUUUUACUCGGUAUAGCACUUUCUGUGGGGAAGGACAGAAACAUUACCAGACUGCUAAACUGCCAUUUGGAAACGCGCAGAUUUCGAAUUUAACCAAGCUUCGGAGUUCAACAGAACUACCGCUCUGCCUAUACAGAGAAAAAUAUCACUUAUUCAGAAGAACAUGUUCUUGGCGUCCAUGUGUUCAUGGAAACCUGGGACAGACAUGGUGAUGGAAAGAGAACUUUUCACCACAGAGUGUUCAAUCAAAAAGCCAUCGUGUAAGCCAAAAAAGCAAUUUAUUAGCUUGUAUUUUUCCACUCGUUCUUCCUGGGGUUGGUUAUCGAUUUUGGUUUUAGUACUUUUCUUCAGUUUGAAAUAGUAAUAGAAGGAUCACGGAAUCAUUUGUUUUAUAGAAUGUGUUCCGUUGUAUUUUAGUCUUUUAUAUUUAACAUUGUUAUUUUUAAGAAGUGAUGGUAUUAAUGUAGAACCCCGCUUAAAAAAAAAAACCCAACAAGGGCAGUACAUUUAUAUUUAUUCAUUUAGCGGACGCUUUUAUCCAAAGCAACUUACAAAUGAGGAAAUACAAGCAAAUCAGUAGUUUCUUACACUACUUUUAACAGGAGUCAUGCUUGUGCUGAUGAAGAAACAGGCAACAUGUAUAUUUGUCCUGUAACUGCAUGUGGUCAGUUGAAACCACAGAUUUAUUUUUAAUGCAUUUAAAAUUGUAUUUUUUUUUCUUUAAUUUAUACGUGUAUAACAUAUUGGUUUAGUAUAGGUGUUUUUGUUUGGUUUAGUAAUGAAGGGCAUAAAGCUUUAACGGAGUACUGGAACUUUUUUCUUUUUUCCCCCAAUUACAUCAGUAAUGUUUGGGGUAAAUACAUUUAUGUAAUUAGUAAAUAAAAUUUUAAGAGAUGGGACAUUUGGUUCUGCAUUACCAACAUCGUCAGCAUACCACAGUUAAAAUGAAAGUGUCUCAGUUUUGGGAAAGUGCAUGCAAGCAACCAGAAUGACUUUGUUCCCUGAAAUUAUUUUGGUAAGACCUUCUGUCUCAUGUCUGCCAGACCUUUAUUGUUAGCGUGCCAAGAUUGCUGUUUUGAAUCGGAGUUACGUAUGAGACAAGUGGUUUAACAAGUGCCAUUAUGAGUAAAGUUUCUGUUCUUCUCUUGUACUCCUGUGUGUGGUGUGCACACAUGCUCUAUAGAGGUGAUGGGUGAGGAUUAGGGUGAAAAUGUCAGCAUGAUAAUGUAACAACUUUUGUCAUAAUGACUUUUAUUUUAAUCUUGCCAGUGAUUCAGCACACUGGAUGGCCAUGCUGCUUUGGUGGCGCUUGGCCUGAGUGUCUUCAAUAAAAGCUGAGCUGAAUUGUCUGCUAAA